AUGCCCUCAGAGGGAGAAGUGGAAAAGGAUGAGGAGCAAGAGGGGUCCUGGGCACCCAGCGAGACUCAGCACCUGCGGGGUGCCCAGUGGGAUCCAACACUGCAGGGCCCCAUGCAGGACACCCUCGACGUCUCCAUCAGGGCCCUGCAUGUCACCCCCUCGCUCCAGGUUUCAGAGGAGGAGACCGAGGCUGAGAGGGGAAAGGAACACUCUCAACAGGAUAACUGCGCGCUACACCCUGGAGAAGGGGACAAAGGACUUGGCGGGAGGAGCGAACCCGAACGCGCCGGCAGAAAGGCUCGGGCCGCGCGCUCACACCGCGCGGCCAAGUUUCUCAGCGCGACAGAUGGGGCCGCGCGCCCGCCCGGCCCAGCCUUCCAGACGGUCCGCGCCGGCAGUGACCCCCACCCGCCCUCGGCCCGGCUCCACGGAGGACCCCGGACGGGGGCGGGCCCCUCCCGGCCGCGCUCCCCACUCGGGCCCCCUCCGCGGACGCAGUCCACUGAGGCCCCGUGCUCUUUUUCCCUCCCCAGAGGGCGGCCCAUGGGGUCUCGGGACUCAGCGCAGAGCCAGGCCUGCCUGCAGCCGCCCUCGCCCACCACCCAGCCCACCCCGCCCGCUGCUCUUGAAGCCAGAGGCCUCGCCCUCGACCCUGAUAGGAGAGAGAAGCGAGCGCAGAAAUGGGGUCUCCACCCCGAGGCCCGGCACGGGGCUGCAGUGCGUGCCUGGAGGCGGCGUGGAGUGCCGGUUGGAGGGUCGGCUUCCCCGGAGGCCUUGGGCGCCAGUCGCCAUUAG